AGCAUCUAGCAAACUUUAUUGCAGAUUCUUUUUAAGUUCUUAAACCUUUACCAUUAUUGCCAUUUGGCACUAGAUUAUGGCCUCAUCUUCUAUCCCAUUACUAACAUCUGUGUUCACAACAAUCAUACUUACCUGCCUAAAUCCAUCAAUUACAGCAAGAGCAUCAUCAGCUGGAACAUGCUACAAAUCCAUCAUCAGUUUUGGUGAUUCCCUUGCUGACACUGGCAACUUACUCCGCCUGGACCGCCUCUCCUCCUCCUCCUCCAAUACUCCUCCACACUUUUUCCUACCACCUUAUGGUGAAACCUUCUUUCACCACCCUACUGGUCGUUGCUCCGAUGGUCGUCUUGUCAUCGACUUCAUUGCUGAGAGUCUCGGGUUUCCACUGAUACGGCCAUAUUUUGCCGGAAAAGACAUAAGGGGAAGGUCAGAUUUUAUUAAAUGCUCGAAUUUUGCAGUAAUAGGAGCUACAGCGAUAGACGAUUCAGUUUUCAGGGAAAGAGGAAUUCAUAAUCCUUUCACGAAUGUGUCUUUGGGAACUCAAUUGGGGUGGUUCAAAGAGAUGUUGGCUUCUUUUUGCAAAGAGUCAUCUGAUUGCAAGGAAUUACUUGAGAGCUCACUUGUUGUAAUGGGAGAGAUUGGUGGGAAUGAUUAUAAUCAUGCACUUUUUCAAGGACUAAAGAUUAAAGAGGUUGAAUCAUUUGUUCCUCUAGUUGUGCAGACUAUCAGUUCAGCCAUCCAAGAGUUGAUUGAGCUUGGAGCUGACACUUUGGUGGUUCCAGGGAACCUACCAAUCGGAUGUUCGUCAUCUUACCUAACUUAUUUUCAGAGUUCCAACAAGCAUGAUUACGACAUGGAAACCGGUUGCAUUAAGUGGUUAAACGAGUUUGCAAAGUACCACAAUAAACUUCUGCUGACAGAAAUUAAUCGCAUUAGAGAACUCAAUCCUCAUGCCCUGAUUGUCUAUGCUGAUUACUACAACGCUGCAAUGACCUUAUACCGCUCCCCACAAAAAUACGGAUUCAAAGCUGGGGCUCUGAAGGCUUGCUGUGGAGCUGGAGGCCCAUACAACUAUAAUGCCUCUGCGCCAUGUGGCUACGCACCAGCAACCAGUUGUGAUGACCCGUCUUUAUAUGUUGCUUGGGAUGGUUUGCACUUAACAGAAGCUGCUUACAGAUUCAUAGCCCGAGGGUUACUUCAAGGACCAUAUUCUGCCCUUCGUAUUAAUAGAUUCUGUCCUCCUGCAUCCACGAGCUUCAGGUCUUCGGCUUGAGUUCUAAAGGAAAAAAUUAUUAGGGAUGGCUCUAAAUUACUUGCAACUUCUAUUCUUAAAUUUUCUGUAUUUGCGAUAUAUGUUUAAUAAAUAGAUAGUGAACCAUUGGGGGGGUCGGUUCAAUGGCGGGUAAGGGAAGGGUUUUUAAGGUUCUCUGCAUUGUCAGAUUCAGAUUCAAAUCUUAAAUCUGACAUUUGCGAGUAGAAAGAGUGUGGGGGAGGGAUGGGAUAGUAAAAAAAAAAAAAGGGGAUAGUGAUCCAUGUAUAAACUUUACAACCAACUUUUCAACAUUAUGUUUAUAGCUAUCUAAAGUAUAAAAGAUAGUAAGUUGAGCACAUGCUCAUUUGCUCAAAAU